AUGGAUAACGGAAACACUGGCCUAAGAGUGCUCCAGUUGGAGAACAGCUGUCACAAUCUGGUUGCCUCCUUGACCUUCUGUUUUCAGAUCGCUAAAGACACACACCAGAUGAAAAUUGGGUACACGAAGGCAAUCAAAGAGCUGGAACAUGUAGGAAAAGAAAACCAGGAACAAGCUAUGAUGGUUCUGAAAAAUCAAUAUAGCAACAAAAUGAAGAACUUGCGAGCUCAGCUGGAGGCCUAUCAAGAGACAGUAGACAAGAAAAACCAAUACUGGCAAGACACAACAAAGAAACUGAAGGAAGAAAAUAGAAUACUGAGACAAGAGAAAGAAGAGAUGGCAAAUCAGAUCACACUGCAGAAGGAAAAAUGGGGUGAUGAAAAGGCUUGGCUGCUCAAAAGCACUACUGAAAAGCUAGACUGCCUGCAGAACCAGCACACCUUAACUAUUGAAGAACUUCAGAAGAGUAGAGUAAACCUUGAAAAAGUGGAGAAAAUUGUAGAUUUUCAAAUGGACUUACCCUGUGAUCAACGAAGGGCAUUAAUUAUAUUGGAUGAGAUAACAGAAAAAGGAAUCACAGACCAUAAUGCGGAGGGGGGAAAGUUUAAUGUCACAACACAGGAGUCAGUGACUACAGAGCCCGCUCAAAGGUCUACAUCUGUUGUGGUGGAGAUGGAGGAAGCACAUCAUGGUUUGCCACAAAAGAAACUUCUGCUGGAAGUGAAAGCCACCUUGGAGCUGGUCAAAGGGUCUUUACACAAACGGGAGACAGAGAUCAGUGAACUUCUGCAAAAUGGACAUUGGUGUGACUCUCAUAUUACAGAUACGUUGUUGACAGAGUUUACUGUAUAUUAGCUAGUGAAGAUACAUUUGCUUAGUUAAGACACAGAGCAGAUAUGGGCUGAUGCUUCUAUCCCUAAAUGCACUUUGGACUAGGAUUUACAGUAUAUUCCCGCGUAUAAGACUACUUUUUAACCCAGGAAAAUCUUUUCAAAAGUCGGGAGUCGUCUUAUACGCCGGGUCGUUUUAUUAAUACGGCGAGUAUAUCCCAAACUCUAUAUUUUAACUGGAAAAGUUGGGGAUCGUCUUAUACGCCCAGUCGUCUUAUACACCGGAAUAUACGGUAGUUUAUACUGUCUGUCUCUUAUAGUGAGCAAAACUCGUCUCUGAACACAGAUCCACACCAUACCGUACAUUUAAAGCACAUGACUUAUCCCAAAUAAUAUCAGGAACUAUAGUUUACCCUCAUAGAGCUACAAUUCCCAACACCCUUAACAACACCCUACAGUUCCUAGGAUUCUUUGGAGGGAGUCAUGUGCUUUCAAUGUUUGGUGUGGAUCUGCCCUAAAACAAAACAGGAAUGUGAUGCUCCCUCACCAUCUCCAUGAACUGGAUGAGAGCCAGAGCGUUCCUCAAAGUGUUGCCUCUUGUCUGGGAGGGGGAGGGGGCAGGUGCUUCGCCCUCCCUUAUCGGUGGGAGUGGACCCAAUGAAAUUACUAUGCAUGACUAAGUUAGAUUCAGUGAGUUUACUCUUCCCGUGCAUUUGAAGCACUAUUUUGUCACUUUAACGAUCAAGGCUUCUCCCAGAGAAUCCUGGGCACUGUAGUUGGUUAAGGUGCUGAGAAUAAUGAAGAAGUGCCUAUUCCCUUUACAGAACUACAAUCCCCAGAGCAGUUUAACAACUGAACAUUUUGCAAUGCAAAGUACCCUAUGCAAA